AUGUCUCGACGCCCACCGAACCCCGCUGCCGACCGGGCGGCGCAAAACCAGGCCACCAUAAAAAACCUCCUGAGGUUGGAGCCUAACAAAGUGUGUGCCGACUGCAAGAGGAAUAAGCAUCCAAGAUGGGCCAGCUGGAACUUGGGCGUCUUCGUCUGUAUUCGAUGUUCUGGCAUUCACCGAGGCAUGGGAACCCACAUUAGCAGAGUCAAGUCUGUUGACCUCGAUUCCUGGACCGAUGAGCAAAUGCAGAGCAUACUGAGCUGGGGAAACGCUCGCGCCAACAAAUACUGGGAAGCCAAACUUGCUGCUGGCCACGCCCCGUCCGAAGCCAAGAUCGAAAAUUUCAUCCGAACCAAAUAUGAGCUGAAGCGAUGGGUCAUGGAUGGGCCCAUGCCGGACCCGUCAACCCUUGAUGUCGACGGUGACGAUGAUGUUCCGUUGAGUUUGGUCAAGGAGAAGCAGGUCAUUGAGAGGAAGGAGUCAAUCAGGAAGGCAUCCAUCGGCAAAUCCCAGGCGCCGCACCAUGCUUCGGCGCCCGAGGGCGAUCUGAUCGGCGGUGACGAUGCAGUUCUCUCGCCAUCAGCCAGGGCUGCACCUCUGGCUGCAAAAGUAGCACCCAAAGCUGAGCCCGCAGCCCCCAAGACAACAAACACACGAGACUCGUUGCUUGGCCUGGACUUUCUGGGAGGCUCAACUGCCCCUCCUCGUCCAGCCAGCACUCCCGGCGCUGCUUCGCAUGGAGCACAGUCACGCCCGGACCUUAAGCAGUCGAUUCUCUCGCUCUACGCUUCAGCACCCAAGCCGCAGCCCCAGCAACAAGCGUUUGGGGGUAUGGGCCACCAACCGCAAACAUCAAUAGGAGGUUUCAACGAUGCUUUCGGUGGCCUGAAUCUAUCGUCCACGGCAAGCCCUAAGCGUGCUGCUGCCGACCCCUUCGCCAGCCUUGGAAGCGCCUCUACAAGCAACCGAGCUACCUCCCAGACAUCCAAUACUAGCAGUGCGUUCGGUGGUCUCAGCGGAGGCGGCUUUUUUGACCCAAAGCCUGUCCAGCCGGCGGUCUCGCAUCAGCAUAAGCCUUCCAACUCUGGAUUCGGAGGAUUUACUUCCAUCUCCACCCCCCCGACUCAGACGGCUACUGCGCCGGCGCCCGGGCCCUCCCAGUCCUCAUCCUCCGCCAUGGGCGAUCUCUUCGACCUUUCAGCUCCAACGUCCCAGAGCUCCCCUCCGCCGCCUCAGGCCUCUUCGGCGUCUGCAACGGCCAACUCUGCGUUCGCGCUAUCGUCUCCACAAAUCAAGCCAGCGGCUCCCGCUCCUACCGCAACUUCAUCAGCUUUUGGAUCCGCCGCUAUGUCGGCUGCUGAUGUCUGGGGAUCUAGCGAGUGGACAACGCCUGCUUCUGCAGCGGCAACAGGUCCGACGGCGCAAGCACUCCCGAGUCCUCAGCAGGCCAAGGCCCCGGCUCCAGUUCCAGUCGCGGCAGCUGAUUUCGGAUGGGGAAAUCCCAGUUCUUCUUUUGCCAAUACCGCGAUUGUGCCUGGCUCCGGUGGAGGUUUCAACCCUGCGCCAAAGGUGACUGCAGACGAAGAAUUUGGAGGCUGGGCAAGCAGUACCGGGCCAUCUGAUACAGGCAAACCUGCUGCUCCAAAGUCAGGCUUUGGCGGCGACGAUGAUCUCUUCUCCAAUGUGUGGCAGUAG